AUGAGCAAGUCAAACAGGCCACAACAACACGGACGCGCCACAUUUUGCUCAUCACAACAAUCAUCACAACAAAAUGAACCUAGUACUUUACCACAAUCAUCACAACAACUACCUUCGGGUGAAACUCAACAAACAAAAUCAUCGGAACAACAAAUCAUCAAAAUGUCACAAGAUGAGCUACAACAACUCACAAACAAGAAUUUAAAAGAAUUAUGUAAACAAUAUCAUGUUAGGACAUCAGGAAACAAACAACAAUUAGUCCAAACUAUAAUGAACUUCUACGCAUCACUUAAUCCAAACGCAUCUCAAAAUGAGUUUGAAGGGAAUCUACGGAGCAUUAAAAAAUUGAAAAAAUCUACAAACAAUAAUUCAUCAGCCGAAACCAAGGAAACUAAGAAAAGAAAGAAAUCAAUGACAUCAAACAAGCAUGGUUAUAUUCCUGAAGGCUGGAAAAAAGCACCGGAAUUCUGUAAUCCAUACAUCACCAAAGAAUGUGGCAAACCGUCAAACAAAGUUACAAACGGAAAUAGUUUUGAAUUAUUCAAACAAUUAUACACGGCUGAGGUGGAAAAGCAUAUUUUAGAAAAAACUAAUUUAAAAUGUGCUGAAUUGAAAAAACCUGAGGUUACCUUGCAGGAAUUGAACUAUUAUUUUGCGAUUACUUUUACAAUGGGGCUUAUCAAAAUGCCGGAGUUGGCACAUUAUUGGACAAAGGAAGAGGAAUAUUUAUUUGGGAACGGAUUAAUUCGCAACAUAAUGACCAAGAAACGUUUUCGAGAAAUUCAUCAAUGCAUAUCAUACGAUAUUGAUUGGAUAUUAGACACGUUUUGCAACCUGCUUCAUGAAUGUUGGAUCCCAAGUAAUAUUGGGGUUGUUGAUGAAUGUAUUAUAUUGUUCAAAGGACGGUUUAAGGGAAGACAACACGUCCGUGGUAAACCACAUGCCACAGGUUUAAAAUUAUUUAUUCUAUGUGACAGUUUCGGGAUGCAGGUUUGGUUUUGGUUAUACAGAGGGAAAAAUAAUGAGCAUAACCUUAGUACUACCGUAGUUGAUUAUGUUAUGGAUUUGGCCAAGAAACUUCCAGAUUACAACACAAGAAAGUACACAAUAAUUACUGAUCAAUUUUACGGAAGUUUGACAUUAGCAGAGCAAUUGAAACAAAAUAACUUUGAAUUUGUAUUGAGUUGCCAAAGUAAUCGGCCUUCCGAAAUAUUUUCCAAUUAUUUGCAACCGGAUCUCAAACAGAAAGGAGAUCAAAGCUUUAUUGUUAGAAAUGAUAACGCUUUUGCAGCACUCUCAGUGUUUGAUUCUGGUAAAUGUAAUUUUAUGGCGUCUGUUGGGUCCACUUCAAUUCCAAGAGAAGAAUUAGAACGUGUCAAAGCCAAAGGGUCUAACAAAACACCAAGAUGUGACAUUUUACGAUUUUAUAACAUGAACAUGGGAAGUGUUGAUUCAUUUGACGCUGCAUUGAAUUUGUACCAUUUUCGAAGUAGACAUAGAAGUUGGAAACGAUGCAUGUUUUUUGUAAUGAUGAAGACACUUGUGGUUGGUUCUCACAAAUUAUAUCAAUAUUUCCAUAUGGGACCCAAUAACCGAAAGCCUCAACAAUUAGGCCAUUUGGUUGCCAUUAUUUACAGCCUUAGUGAUCGACAACCUCGGUAUAAGGAAAUUUCAACGUUGCAACAUUUUCCAAUGUUGACCCAACAACCCAAACCAUGUGAAUUUUGUAAGAGAAAAGGAAUUCGUUCCAACACCACUUUCAAAUGCAGCGCAUGCGCUAAACAUGUCCACUCACAUUGUUGGUUUCAAUACCAUACGUGUGGAAUAUAA